UACGCUGACUUGGUAUGAAGUGAAACGAUAAUUCACUGUCAGGAUGAAAAUAAUUUCCAAAAUACUGUAAAUUUUAAGCGAAUGCUGUAUUUUUAACCUCAUUUAGUCUUUAUCGAUCAAUUGCGCGCGCAACUCGUUUCUGAAAUCGUCCAGCUGGAGAUUGUGACAGGUGAAGAAAUCCUUACAAUACAAGGCUGAGCUGUGAAAAUGGAGUUUGCACAUCUCAUCAAGUCACCAAGGGUAGAAAAGGUUUUGGUCCACCGCCCACUUCACAAAUCUGUUGAAGGUGUGUUAUGUAUAACUGGGCACCACCUCAUUUUCUCUGCUGGAGGAGAAAAUCCUGAUGAAUUUUGGCUGAUUCAUAGAAUCAUAGAUUUAGUGGAAAGAAAACCCAACACACCUCCAGCUGCAGGAGGCACUCUUACACUCAAGUGCAAAGAUUUUUCUGUUAUCAGCUUUGAUUUCAAUAAUACAGAAGAACUGAUGAAUGUUUCAGCUUCAUUGGAGUGCUUAUCAUUCAUAGAGAAUCAGUCUCUUUAUUAUCCUUUCUUCUAUCAGCCAGUUUACACUGCAAUAGAAGAUGGUUGGACAGCAUUUAGGCCAGAAACUGAAUUUUCCAAACUAGUCAUGCAACAACAGGAAGACUGGAGGAUUUCUUAUGUCAAUAAAGAUUAUUCAAUCUGCUCGUCUUAUCCAUCUGCUGUUGUAGUUCCCAAGUCGGUCGAUGAUGACGUCUUAAUAGCUGCUGCAUCGUUUCGAGUUGGAGGGAGAUUUCCUGUUCUCUCAUACAGGCAUGAAGGAGGAGCUGUGAUGAUGAGAAGUAGUCAGCCUCAUUCGGGACCAAAUGUUAAGCGUUGUCGUGAGGAUGAAAAACUUCUUAACAGUGUGUUGAAACCAGGGAUGCGGGGUUACAUUAUUGAUACCCGCCACCAGAGCACAACACCGACCCCCAAAUCUAAAGGUUCAGGUGGUUUUGAGACCGAAUCUCACUACCCUCAGUGGCGUCGCAUUCAUAAACCCAUUGAAAGACUGCAGUCUUUACUUGAAUCGCUAUCCAAACUAGUUGAAGCCUGCCUCGACAAUGGCAGUUCUAUGGAUAAAUGGCUGUCCCGCUUAGAAUCUUCCCAAUGGCUUUCGUACGUAAAAGAAACUAUGAAUUGUGCCUGUUUAGUUUCUCAGUGCAUUGAUCAAGAAACUGCUGCCGUUCUACUUCAUGGAGGAGAAGGUCUUGAUUCGACAUUGGCCGUUUCUGCCCUCGCCCAGGUCAUUCUUAGCCCUGACUCUCGCACAGUUCACGGUUUUGAGGCUUUGAUCGAGCGUGAAUGGAUUCAAGCAGGUUAUCCCUUUGUUCAACGCCAUCAUCGCUCGGCUCUGAGUAACACAGUCUCACGAAGCAAAGAAAAUGCGCCGACUUUUUUACUAUUUAUUGAUUGCACUUGGCAAAUCAUGCAGCAAUUCCCAUGCAGUUUUGAGUUUAAUGAAGGAUUUCUCCUUCAGUUGGCUCGUCAUUCCUAUUGGUCUCAAUUCGGUACUUUUCUGGGAAAUAACGAAUUAGAUCGCUAUCAAAUGCAACUGUCGUCCAAAACUGUUAGUUUAUGGUCACAUUUAAAUCGACCAGAAGUGCUUCGAUCUUUCCUUAACCCGCUCUACGAGCCCAACAAUCGCGUUAUCUGGCCUUCAGUUGCUCCUAUGAGCGUGAACUUGUGGCCAGCAAUGUACCUUGCUUACGUGGUGGAACCUAGCAUCUACGACAAUGCCUGGCGUGACAUUGCAGCAAUUUGUGAGCAGGACAAAGAGCUGCGCUCUAAAGCUCAGCGUCUCCGCCGCCAACUGAUAGAUUUGGAACGUGAUGCCAUCGCGAAGGGACUACUUGAUAGUCCUAGCAGCAUCGGAACAGUCUUUGAUUGAGUUUUCAUUAUAUUUUCUCUGCUUGUUUAUUAUUUUUUCUUCCGUUGAGCAAAACAAAAAGAAUUUGAAACUUUA